GUUUUUAAUGAUCGAGAGUAAAGCAUUGAUAUUGAAUUUCAGGUAAUGACCUUUCUUUCGGAAGCUCCUAAACACAAAGAGAUCCGCAAUUGUCUUUCUUGGGAGACGAUGAAUUAGCACGCGAUUAUUAUUAUGGACCCCGGAAAUGGACAGUAGUGUCCUAUUUUUUAGGUCUAAAAUCGUUAAUUUGCCGCUAUCAUUAGUAUUCAAUGUGUGUUCUUGAUUUACUAAUAAUGGGCAAUACUAUGAUCUGAUGAUGGUCCAAUUAGGUCAAUGAAAAGCAUUGGAAAUCGGAUGACAGCCCCAUUAACCAUUGCUGAUAACUAGUCUAGAAUCGUUUUGCUGUUGACCGGACGUUGAUCUGUCAAGUCUUCGAUUUCUGCAGUUGAAAAAUUCAGAGGAGUCCGAAUCGGAAUGUAUGAGAUAUUUUGAGUGUGAUUUUAUUGCACUCAUCACAUUUCAAUCUUCGAACUAUAGGACAUUAAAACACUAUUCCUGAUUAUUCAGACUGUAUCAGAUCGAUGAGAAAUCAUUUUUUUAUGUGUGUGGAAUUUGCGAAUGACCAUAAUGGUCACGGAAUAUAAGAGGAAAGCGUGGAAAGAGAAACCGGCCUUGCUCAUUUUCAUCUUGCUCGUCUCUUCGCUUGUAGCAACCGCUUAUCCUGCUCAAUUCGCGAACUCGUGCCCAGAUGGGUGGGCACACCCUUCACCCGAUUCCAAUCGCUGUUAUAAGCUACUAGCCGAUGGGAGCACAAUGAAAUGGGCCGAGGCCCAGGUAGCGUGUGAGGAACCUUCAUUACCUGGCGGCUCUUAUCUCUUCGUUCCUUCAUCUUUGGAAGAGGAGAUUGUGAUGCAGUCCAUCUACCAAUCUGCAGUGGCUGAUUCUGAAAUUUGGAUAGGAUGUUCUGAUCUUGAAACGAACACAACGUUUAUUUGCUACCACGAGAACGAGGUCUUAACUUACAAGAAUUGGAGUCCUGGAAAUCCUGAUGAAAAUAAGUCAGCGAGUAAACAAAAUGGCGCCACAAUGAAUAUCCAGAAUCCGACCAGUGGAUGGGUGCAACAAAAUAAAAACUUCGAAGGACCUACUGUAUGUGAACUACCGGCUACUGAACACGCCAUCUCAUCCUUUUCUCAAACCUACGUCAUCAAGCACGACACUUCGACGGGUGUUGCGUUGCAGGACUGGUGUCAAUCGAGUACACCAAUUAAGGAACCUUUUGGUGUCAGGAGCGGGACAGAAUGUGGCGCAGCUUGCAAUCUUUGGAGAGGGUGCUACUCCUUCAACUUCAUCCGGCCUCCGGGACAGCCGGGGGAGGGGCGUUGUGAGCUGAUGGGGGCUGACAGCGGGGAUAUGCACUAUGAGGAAGGAUGUAAAUACUUUGUUAUGAAAGGAUAGUGUGUUACAUACUUCAUCGAUUGACAGUUUAGAUCUAGGCUAAUAGGAGGGCCUAUCACUAUUUCAUAACUCAAUCUUUAUUCUAGUUAUUGUACAAAAUAGUUGUCUUUCCGUUGAUGCCUACAAUCAAAGUUUUGAUUGUAAUAGUUUGUUUAGGUUUUGGCAACUAGAAAUAUUUGAUUUUUCAACACUCUACUGUAAACAGGUCUUAGCCCUCGUGAUUUAAUUUCUGGUUCGAGUAAGCCACAUCAUUCAGAUAUCUCCAAUCAUUGUUAGUAUGGCAUGCUCAUUCAAUCAUUGCUGGUGCGUGGGCAUGGCUUCUUGUACAAAAACACAACAGAACUCAUAAGGAUCAUAUAUUUCGAAAUAUUUUUGAAAUUUGACAUGAUUUACUCUCACCAUCCUGAAAUGAUGCGCAAAUUCUUUGAAGAUUAAUAAACUAA